AUGGCGAUCGAAGAGGAGCUCAAGAGACUGCAGGCCCUCGCUGUUGAGCAAUGGGAGCUACGAUCCUCUGAGCUUCGUAGCGUCGCUGACAACCCCCAAUCGCUCGUGCAGCACCCGUCGGCACCCGUCGUGUGCGGCGCUUUCGUGCUCGGGGUUGGCGUCGCCCUGCUCCUUCCGCGACUGCGGCAGCCGUUCCGUCGGUUUGCAACCGUGGAAGACCUGCCCAACAAGCUCUUCCACGAGGAAGGGAAGAUCAAGGCGCUGGCUGUGAAUUUCAGCGACGGCGACACGUUCCGAGCGCGUCAUUUGCCGCUGCUCCGGGGAGCCGGGACCUUCGAGGGGAAGUUGUCGGACCACACGCUGCAGAUCCGACUCGCGGGCAUUGAUACGCCGGAGACGGCCAAGUUCGGGAACCCAGGCCAGCCGUUCGGAGAUGACGCUAAGAAAUGGCUGGCUACGACACUCGAGAGGAGGAAGUUGACGCUCACGCUGCUGCACAAGGACCAGUAUGCACGCGCAGUGUGCAUGGUGCAGUAUGGGCGGUGGCCGUUCCGACGUGACGCGUCGGAGGAGAUUCUGAAGGUGGGGCUGGGACAAGUGUAUCGCCAAGCGGGUGCGGUCUACGGUGGCAAGCAGGAGGUCUACGAGAAGCUGGAGGAGAAGGCGAGGAAGAAGAAGAUCGGGAUUUGGAGCCAGGGCAAGAAGAUGGAGAGCUCGAGUGACUACAAGGCUCGCAUGCGGGCAAGUUGA